CUCAAAAGCUCUUUCAAUACUGAGCAACGAUGAAGGUUCUGGUCACGUUGGCAUUUUUGGGGGUGUGCUCAGCAGGCGACCCCCAUCAGGCCUACGGCUCCGGAUGGGAUCCUCAUGGAAGUGGAGGAGGAGGAGGAGGUUACUACCAGCCUCGAUUUAGUGCGCCUUUGGCUUCGUCCGUCCCAGCAGGCAUCGGAGGGAAGGUCAUCCCUGUCUCUGAUACCUACGAGGUGGCUGCUGCUAAGAAUGCCUUCUACCACGCUUACCAGAGGCAGUUGGCAGCCGUUGCAAAAGGUGGCCAUGGCCAUGGUGGAGGAUAUGGACAUGGAGGAGGAGGCUUUGGCCAUGGUGGAGGCUUUGGACAUGGCGGAGGAGGAUUUGGCCAUGGUGGAGGAGGAUUUGGCCAUGGUGGAGGAGGAUUUGGCCAUGGUGGAGGAGGAUUUGGUCAUGGUGGAGGCUUUGGACAUGGUGGAGGCCACGGCCAUGGUGGAGGCCAUGGUGGAGGCUAUGGCUACGGUGGAGCUCCCCUGUACGACGGCAUAGUCGUAGACACUCCAGCUGUGUCCUCAGCAAAAGCCCAAUUCUACCGACACUACAGCCAUCUGGCAGCUAAGGCUGCAGCAGCCCCCGAUAUCAAUGCUUACGGAAACCAGAAGGGUUAUGGCUCCGGAUGGUACUAAGCAAGAGGAUACCAGAUGAAGAACCUUACAUCAAAGUCUACACUGAUGCUGCUUCUGUUAUGAGUUACUUCUCUUUAUGUAUAAUGUAUAUUUUGUUCCACGAAGUUUUACUAAUAAGCAAAUAAAUCGAAAAAGAACUAUG